CAGAAUCAUCUUACCUGAAGAAUCUAACAGGAAAUUCAGAGGAGGAGGAAAGAAGAAAGAAUGGAGCUUUCACAGGGACUGUUUACCUUCAAGGAUGUGGCCAUAGAAUUCUCUCAGGAGGAGUGGGAAUGGCUGGACCCUGCUCAGAGGGCCUUGUACAGGGACGUGAUGCUGGAGACCUGCAGGAACCUGCUCUCUCUGAGUGAGGAUAACUUCUCUCUGGAAGUCGGAAGACAUUCUGCUGGAUUUGCAAUCAAGGAAUUAUCACCAAGAGACGACAUUACUAAAGGAGAAUUAUGCCAUCUAGUGACAUUAGAAAGAAGUAAAAGUCAUGGCAUCAAGGAUUUUGACCUCAAGAAAGUCUGUGCAGAUGUGCAGGAGUGUGAGAGUGAGUGGGGAUGUGAUGCAAGAGAUUAUGAAGAAGUACUUUUGACCCAUAACAAAAAUCUCACUCAUGGAGAAGAUCAAGAUAAUAAAUCCUUAAUUAAUUUUCCUCAGAGUGUUUCUGUAAGAAGUAAUGCACGUGAAUAUUUCACGCACGACAAGACAUUCAUAAGAAGUUUGUUAACAACGAAAAAUAACGUCAGCGUUGCUGGAAACAGAGAUCUCAAGUGUUUGGAAAGUAGACCUGGAGUGAGGCUGCAGGCCCAGGCGGCUCAGCUGCAGAGAUUUCCAGCUGAGGAGAAAGUGUAUGCAUGCGGACAAGUUGAGAAGCCAGUCAGCAGUGGUUCCUCAGUUUCACCACUUCACAGAAUUGCUCCUAGUGUGGAAAACACUUUGUCACCUGCACAACACAGGAGAACACACACUCGAGAAAAAUCUUACAGCUGUAAUGACUGUGGGAAGGCUUUUAGCAAAAGCUCAAACCAGGAUCACAGGAGAAUUCAUUCUGGACAGAAACCUUACAGAUGUAGUGAGUGUGGCAAAGCCUUUAACCACCAGUCACACCUCACAACACAUCAGAGAGUGCAUACAGGAGAGAAACCUUACAAAUGUCAUGAGUGUGGCAAGGUCUUUAGUCGAAAUUCACACCUUGCAAAUCAUCAGAGAAUGCACACUGGGGAGAAACCUUACAAAUGUCAUGAGUGUGGCAAAGCCUUUACCCAGUUUUCACACCUUAGCAGACAUCAGAAAAUGCAUGCUGGAGAGAAACCACACAGAUGUUAUGAGUGUGGCAAGCAUUUUACGCAGCGUUCAAACCUUAUGGCACACCGGAGAAUUCAUACAGGAGCAAAACCUUUUAAGUGUAAUAAAUGUGAUAAGGCUUUUAUUGAACGGUCACAACUUUGGGGUCAUGAGAGAACUCACACUGGAGAGAAACUUUACAAAUGUGAUGAGUGUGGCAAAGCCCUUACAAGACAUUCAUAUCUUACUCAACAUAAAACAAUCCACACUGGAGACAAACCUUACAAAUGUAAUGAGUGUGGCAAAGCUUAUACUCAAUUUGCAAGCCUCACCAGGCAUCUGAAAAUACAUACUGAAAACGAACGUAAGCCUCACACAUAUGGCAACGCUAUUAUUCAAACCUCAGAAGUUUAGGGAUCAUCCGAUUUCAUAGUAGAAAGAAACUUUAAAAAUAAAACGAUUCAGACAAUUUAUGCGUGUAUUCAAGCCUUACUCAACAUAUGGGAGUCUGUCAGGGAGAAAGAACACAUACAGAUGGCCAGCAGGCGCAUGAAAAGAUGCUCAGAAUCACUAAUCAUCAGGGAAGUGCAAAUCAAAAGCCCAACGGGAUAUCACCUCACACCUGUUUCCAAUGGCUGUCAUCAGAGAGACAAUAACAAGCGUUGGCAAUGGUGUGGAGGAAAGGGAACCCUGUGCACUGUUGCUGGGAUUGUAAAUUGGUGCAACAUUUAUGGAAAACAGUAUGAAAGCUCCUCAGAAAUUAAAAAACAACAACAACAAAAACAAACCUGUUAUAUGAGCCAGGUAUUGCCCUUCUGGCUCUUUGCUGGAAGAAAAGGAAAACACUAAUUUGAGAAGAUAUAGGCACUUGAAUAUUCAUUGUAGCAUUAUUUCCAGUAGCCAAGACAUGGAAGCAACCUAAGUGUCCAUCAAUAGAUGAAUGCUUAGAGGAGAUACAGUGUGUCUCCACACACACACACACACAGGAAUAUUACUCACCCAUAAAGAAAUCCAGCCAUUUGCAACAACGUGGAUGGAUCUAGAGGAUAUUACGCUAAGUGAAAUAAGUCAGACAUAGAAAGACAAAUACUGCGUGAUCUACUUAUAUGUGGAGUCUAAGAAACAAAAACAAAAGAGAAUGAAAACAGAUUCACAGAUGUGAAGGACAAAUGUGUGGUUGUUGCCAGAAGGAAGGGCGGUGGGGCGGUGGGUAAAAUAGGUGAAGGGGAUUAAGACGUACAAACCUCUGGGUAUUUAGAUAAGUCAUGGGGAUGUAAUAUCCAGCGUUAGAAACAUGUUAAAAAAUAUUGCAGUAACUGAGGACAGAUGGCUACACAUAUCGUUAUCAUUUCAUAAAGUAAAUGUUACCUCGUGUGUAGUACAGCCAAAACGAACAAUGUUAUAAUCAAUUAUAUUUCAAUAAAAAGACUCUACCGUAGAGAGAAACCAUAUAAAACUAAUGUACGUGAUCUUUAAUAUUUACUCAAUUGAAUUUUUGUUAUAAACACUAAACCUGCAGACAUCAAUACGAUAGUCAGGGACUGUUACAAAAACUCCAUACACACAUGCUUGACAACAUACAUGAAAUGGUAAAAGCGGAACUGACCACAAAUCACCCGUGUGGGGCUUCCCUGGUGGCGCAGUGGUUGAGAAUCCGCCUGCUGAUGCAGGGGACACGGGUUCGUACCCCGGUGCGGGAAGAUCCCACAUGCCGCGGAGCGGCUGGGCCCGUGAGCCAUGGCCGCUGAGCCUGCGCGUCCGGAGCCUGUGCUCCGCGACGGGAGAGGCCACAACAGAGGGAGGACCGCAUACCACAAAAAACAAACAAACAAACAAAAAAAUCACCCGUGUGAAACAGAUAAUUUGAAUAAAUACUUUGAAUUACAGAGUGAAUGUGUAUUUUUAUCUGUAUAGAGAUUACACACUGCGAUGUGAAAUACAAAACUCUCGUUGGUUAGAAUGAGCAAUUUCAUUCGCACACCCUCCAGAACAGCAUUUCUGUUUCCAUUCACCAUUGUGCUCAGUUCCAGAGACUCAUAAGGACAAGACCUGGGGUUUGAGGCUUGGAGGACUAUGGCAUGUGUUACUUUAGGUCACUAAACCAUUGCUUUAAAAAGAGCAAUGUUUAAAAAACUUUUUUUUAAUAAAUUGCAUUGUUCUUUAUUUUUUGUUUAGGCAUUUAUUUGCCUUUUUAAAACCAUCUUUCCCUCAUCCCAGUUUUAUAACUGUCAUAUAUUAACUUUAAACUGUACAGCAGAAUGGUCUUACAUAUGUUGUGAAAUGAUUGCCGAAACAAGUUUACUUAGCGUCCAUCAUCUCAUAUCGGUACAAUGAAAAGAGAAAAGAAACAACAAUUUUUUUUCCUUUUAAUGAGAACUGUAUUGUUUAAAAUACUUUAUUCCACACUUGUGAUGAAUUACAUUCAAAUAAAUACCUUUGAGAAAAACUUGUUUACAUCAUAAUAUACCUAAAUCAGUAAUGUCUAAAUGUAAUUUCAGAUUAUACAUUCAUUUUGAGGGUAGACAGUUUUAUUUUUAAAAUUGUAAUGUAUCUUAGCUCUUUUCUCUGUUCUUCAUCUCAAAGUUUUGUCAAAUGUGGAUA